ACGCCGGGAAGGGGACGGCCUCCCGCAGACCUCCCGCCCUCCGCCGCCAUGGCGCCGCCGCCGCCGCCUCCCGCCGCCCUCCUCCUCCUCCUCCUCCUGCCGCCGCUGGCAGCCGGUGCGUGGGACGCGGCCGGGUACCUGCUGUACUGCCCCUGCAUGGGCCGCUUCGGGAACCAGGCCGAGCACCUGCUGGGCGCCCUCGCCUUCGCCCGAGCCCUCAACCGCACGCUGGCCGUGCCGCCGUGGAUCGAGUACCGGCACCACCGGCCGCCAUACACCAACCUGCACGUCCCCUACGAGCAGUACUUCAGGCUGCAGCCGCUGCUGCGCUACCACCGCGUGCUGAGCCUCGAGGAGUUCAUGGCGGAGCUGGCGCCGCGGCACUGGCCGCCCGGGGAGCGCGUGGCGUACUGCUUCGAGGCGGCGGCGCAGAGGAGCGCGGACAGGAGCAGCUGUCCCAUGAAGGAUGGAAAUCCCUUUGGUCCGUUCUGGGAUCAGUUCAAGGUGGAUUUUGAUAAGUCUGAACUGUUCAAGGGAAUCUCCUUCAGUCCUGCAUACAAGGACCAGUGGAUCCAAAGGUUUCCACCAUCUGAGCACCCCGUACUUGCCUUACCCGGGGCUCCAGCCCAGUUCCCGGUCCUAGAGGAGCACCGCCCCCUCCAGAAGUACAUCGUGUGGUCUGACGAAAUGGUGAAGAAAGGAGACGCCUACAUUCAUUCCCUGCUGGUUAGGCCGUAUGUAGGAAUUCACCUGAGGAUCGGCUCGGAUUGGAAAAAUGCUUGUAACAUGUUAAAGGACGGGACAGCCGGGUCCCACUUCAUGGCGUCACCUCAGUGCGUGGGCUAUGACCGAAGCACGGCUGUGCCCCUCACCAUGGACAUGUGCCUGCCGGACCUCAAAGAGAUCAAACGUGCCCUCAAGCUGUGGGUGAAAAAGACAGAAGCUAAAUCUGUUUAUAUUGCUACUGAUUCCGAGCCCUACGCAAAGGAAAUACAGCAGUUCUUCCAAGGAAAGGUCAAAGUCGUAAGCCUGCAGCCGGAGGUGGCUCAGAUCGAUUUGUAUAUUCUUGGCCAGUCCGAUCACUUCAUCGGGAACUGCGUCUCUUCCUUUACUGCCUUUGUAAAAAGAGAGCGUGACGUGCAUGGAAAACCCUCUUCGUUUUUUGGCAUGGACCACCCGCCGAGGUUACGGGAUGAGUUCUGACCAAAAGAGGAACAGGCUCGAUAGUUCUCAGAGCUCUGAGCGCGGUACCUCGCUGAGGGACCACUCGGGUGCUAAGGGUGUUCUCCGCUGUGCAGAGCACACUGCCGGGCUGCCGCACGCCUGUUUCCAGCUCCUGGGUACUCCUCACAGUCACUCUUCUGACUGACCUCUCUUCUGUGUUUCCAGGGCGAUACCAGACAGAAAAGGAAUUUUAAAUCAUGAAGUUCGUAGGAAACUGGAAACUGUAAACUAUAUGCGUACAGUUCUUAUGAUGUAGUUUAUAUCUCUCUCCAUCCUCAUUUUUGGGGUUUGCCAACAAUUACAAAGAAGCUGCUCGGAUUUCCUCUCUUUUGCCGUUAGUAAUUUUAUCUGGAGAUGUUGAGAAGCUUCUCAUUGUCCAAAACUGACUGUAAGCUCUUUUAAAGAGCGAAGUAUUGUCAGAAAUUGUUUGUCAGAAAUACCAUGGUCCCUGAAAAGCAGCGCAAGAUAAAGCUCAGGAUAGGAAAUGAGAUCUGGGUUUUAUCGAGUGCGGUUAUUGCCUUACUGGACCCACAUCACCUCGGUGCCUCGCUUUCCGUUCCCUGGAGUGGACUGCCUCGCAGCAGUGCUCUGAGAGUGGGCGGCUGUGGAGCAACACCUUGAUCUCUCCGGCGGUGCUAGAGAAGCCUGGUGGUGGCAUUUACUCGUUACAGUUAUGUGUUCAGACGUUCUUUGUAUUGAACUGGGGAAAGGGUUUUUGGAGGGACAUGGAUGGAAGAUUGUUCGUAGUCGAGUUGGAGACGUAGGGUUUUGUAGCUGCUGAUGUAAGGUGGAAGUCUGUUAGAAAUGUAAUUGUUUUUAAGCUAAAACUCCUGAAGUAGCUGUAGCGUGGGUUGGUGCAUGUUUUACCUAGGUCCGUGUUAAUGGUUUCUGUUGUUGUUUUUUUUUUUAUUUCUGUACUCUGUAAAAAUAAUCCCUCUGACAACAGAAUUCCUGGUGGUAGGGCUAGUUCCCAGCACAGCUAACCGAAAGGCGUUAGCUAAUGGCGAAACAGCAAAACGAACAAAAAGCUUUGGUUUGCCCCAGCGCGGUUUACCUCCGGUACCACGUCAGGGUCUUCAGCGGUAAGCCUCGGUUCGGCCAAUGCCUCUUCGUGCUCCUGUCACCUUUUUUGAACACCGACUGCAGAACUUUGGUUAAUUCCUAAAAGUGCCACUCGUGAGGCUGUGCUGCCGGCCUGGCCGCCUCUAGUGCGGUCCAGAUAACGCCCUCCGAGCGUUCCCGGGGGUUUCAUUCCGGCUGAGUUUUGGUGUUUUGUUGUUACUGCUGUCGCUUGCCGCCCCCCCCUCCCCGUGCUGUGCAGGAGGGUGGCGGCUCCGUGCACCCAAAGCCCUGCUGGGCCCGGAGGAGCCCGGGGGUGGGCGCGGGGCCCGGCGGGGGGAGCAGGAGAAAGAAAGGGUGGUUGGUUGUGGGUUUUUUGGUUUUUUUUUUUAGAAAAAACGGAUUUUUCUAACAAUAAAGAGCUUUUGUAGGC